AUGGAGACGUUCAACGCACGUUCCGAGCACUGUCGCCCACUCGAACAUCCAGGCAUCUUCACAACAACCCUCGCAGCGCUUCUUGUUGUUGGUAUACUGGUCUCCUACCUGCCACAACACGCGAAGAUUAUUCAAAGGCGGACUUCAGAAGGUCUGUCCCCAUACUGGGUGCUAUUGGGAGGACUGAGCUCCAUCGCGGCAAUCGGCAACAUCCUCACACUGCCUACGUCUCGCUCCGACAUGGCUUGCUGUAAAGAGCUUUCGCCCGGAGCAUGUACGGCUGCUUUACUUGGGGUCGCCCAGAUUGGCAUCCAGUGGACGUCCUUUAUGCUUCUGUAGGGACCUUACCCUUCGAAAUGGAAACAUGUAGGCCACGCUAAUCUGUCCUGUUAGUGUGAUGCUCUACCUCGCCUUCUCCGACCCGGCCAAGCACCGCGAGCCUCUCGUUGUCGGCUUCUGCAUAUUCGUCUCCGUCUUCUUCGUCGCCAUCAUCUCCAUCGCUCUUGUCUUCCGCUUCCCAAAGCACACCCAGAUCUGGGCCGACAUCCUCGGAACCAUAGCCGGAGUCCUCGCGGCCAUACAAUACCUACCUCAAAUCUACUACACUUGGAAGCUGAAGGAUUUGAAGAGCUUGUCAGUCACUACAUUGGUUAUUCAAGCCCCUGGCGCUUUCGUCUUUGCGCUGUCGCUGGGAUUGAGGGUAGGGGUCGCUGGAUGGAGCACUUGGCUGGUAUACCUGGUAACUGGAGCAUUGCAGUUUGUGCUGCUCGGCAUGGCCAUCAAUUGGUGGCUCAUGGAGCGAAAUCCAGCCAAGAUCACCGUCGAAGACAGUAAUGCGAAUGGCGACCAGCAACCCGAGGCGGUUGCGGAUGAGCGUACUGCUCUGAUCGGCUCGCGCCCUAGAUCAGCGUCGUAG